UCAUCCUUUGUUCUGAAAAUCAGCAUGCCGCUCAGCGACCAGCCAGAAACAAUGGCCGUCAACGUAACUCGAGUCGCUGUUAAGCCUCCGCCGUUUUGGAAGCCGAAUCCGACGUUAUGGUUCGCGCAACUCGAGGCACAAUUUGCCAUCUCCGGGAUAUCCGCAGACUCCACAAAAUUCAACCACGUGAUUUCAGCAAUCGAGUCCGAGGUGCUCAACUCAGUUAGUGACUUAAUUCUACACCCACCGGCCAGCGAAAAAUACGAGGCCCUCAAAAAACGUCUCAUUGAGCUACACUCGGAAAGUCAAGAAUCAAAGAUUCGCACACUCCUGCAAGGCUUGGAGUUAGGAGACCAGCGCCCGUCACAACUGUUAAAUCGUAUGCGUGCUCUCGCCGGCGAGGCGGUUGGGGAACCACUAUUAAAGUCCUUGUGGCUAUCAAGAUUACCAGCGAACACUCAAAGUAUUCUUGCCACGCUAAGCGAGGACCUACCCCAACUAGCUACGAUAGCCGACAAAAUGUCGGACCUAACCAUCACACAAAGUGUAAAUUCCACUUCGAGUCAACAGUUAACGCACCCAUCCUCGUUAGAAUUUCAAAUUGAGCAGCUUAUCAAUCAAGUGGCAGAAUUAUUGGUCAUAGUGCAUCGUGAGCGACCACGUGAGAGGAAUAAUCGUCCAACGUUCCACUCCCGAAAUCGUAAGCCAGUUCGAGGUCGUUACCGCCAGUUCAAAGAACCGAUGAACAAUCAAUGCUUUUACCACACCAACUUCGGAGAGAGAGCCAGGAAAUGCACACCUCCCUGCUCUUUCCAGCCGUCGGGAAACUAGCAGAGCGGCUGUCUGGGGCCAACAGUUGCGACCGCUCGAUUGACCGAAUAUUUAUGGCCGACCCGUCUACAAACUUGAGUUUUUGGUUGACACUGGCGCAGAUGUUUCAGUGAUUUCUAAAUCUCUCUCACUGCAAGCAAAAACCCCUGGGAAGCUAGUUCUCUUUGCUGCCAAUGGCACGAAAAUCCCAACUUACGGCACCAAGCUGCUAACACUGGAUUUUAACCUGCAAAGAAACUUUCCAUGGCCUUUCAUCAUCGCCGACGUCACUCAACCAAUUAUAGGCAUAGACUUUCUAACGCACUUCGACCUAUUGGUGGACGCACGAAAAAACCGCCUCAUAGAUGUAGCCACGCAGCUGAAGUCUAGAGGAACAGAAUGCCCCAAACCAACGACAAAUCUCUCCAUCACCACCAUAUACGGAGAUUCUGACUUCCAGCGAGUGCUGGCAGAAUUUCCCUCGAUCACGAAUCCCUCGUUAAUAACAGCGAGAAGCGGCAAGGCUUUCGUUUUCCACCACAUUGAGACUACAGGUCCGCCAGUUUUUUGCAAACCGAGUCGCCUUCCCCCGGACAAGCUAAAAGCAGC